AAAGUUAUUGGCUGUAAAUGUCGAACAGAAUUAAAUGUAUUUUCACAAGAAUAGUGUGAUGCAUUAUUUAUACUGUGUUUUUUUUCUUCGUGUAUUAUUGGGAAAUUGUGAAAAUGUAACUGAGAAAAACAAAUAUGAAAAUAUAAAUUAUGUGGCAGAAGCACUAGUUAAUUUAUUCGGAAUGGACGAAGAUAAUAUACGAAUCAGAGAUUUAAGAGAUAAACUAACAAAGAUAGACAAAUUUGUUGUCGAUAAUGAUAAAUUAGCAGAUUUUCUAAUGAAUGAAACAGCAAGUAGUAAUUUAAAUGAAACGACCUUUUUCACUGCUUUAAAUGAAACUGAUCAUUUUAAAUUUCUAUCGGAAAAUGAAUCAAAGAACUUAUAUCUGAAAUUAAAAGAAAAAAUGAAUAGAGAUGACAUUCUUGAUAUUCUAAAAGAACAUAAUAAACGCGGUGGCAUUUCUAAAUCUGCAAGAAAAAUGAUGAAAAGUAAUUUAAUUGGAAAAAUCGAUGUCGGUGAUGCAAUGGUUGAUACUGUUGUUGAUAAAUUAAUAGCGGAAGUUCCUUCAGAUAAACAUAAGUUUAAUUAUACAAAGGAAGAUAACAAAUACUGGGAUCCACAAAGUGAAUUGGAAGACCUAGAGCAGUUUCAUCGACAUGACGGUCGUAGAAUUUUUAAAGGUGAAAGAACUACUAUCAGAUAUUACCCCUUCAUGGUAUCUGUUCAUGUAAUGGGCAGGUUUUGGUGCGGAGGUGUGAUUUAUUGGCACGAUAUCGUCCUUACUUCAGCUGCUUGCUUACAACUCAUGCACAACAAUAGGCUAUUUCGCGAGAAUCCAAGUGUAUUAAGAGUAAGGGUAGGGAGUAAUCACAGCAGAAUUGGAGGUGAAAUGAUUGAAGCUCUUGAGGUGUAUUUCCAUCCAGCCUAUAAUCCACGUACCCUCAAUAACAACAUCGCCAUCAUUAGACUUCGACGUCAUCUGUUUUUCACCUAUCACCGAAUCCCAAAGAUCAUUAACAUCUCAUAUAAUGCUGAUGGACUAGCUCCGACUUCUGAAGUCCUGGUACUUGGAUGGGGUGUUAGUAAGAUGUCACAAAUGUUGUCAUACGAACCAAUAUUCCUAAAUAGAAAAUUUCUACCAAUCUAUCCGAAUGUAUUUUGCAAAGAAGUUUACGGAGACAAAUUCAUUUCGAAAACUAUGUUCUGCGCCGGUACCUUCACAACCGGCGAAGGAGCUUGUGACCAUGACGCUGGUGGUCCAGCAGUGAUGGCUGGUAAGCUUGUUGGGAUCAUAUCCUUUGGACCAUCAGUGUGCGGGUAUCCAAAUGCACCAACGGUGUUCACACUCGUCGGUGCUUACGCCGACUGGAUUGAAACUGUCAAUGAAACCAUGCCGGGAUACUACCGCGGUAGGAAACGAACAACAACAGCAAGCCCCUUCAGAUACUAUUCUGAUUUCAAACCAAAGAAGAUCAUAAUACCAGAAUUACCUGACUUGAAGACCGAUCCACCUCAAACUCCUAGUGAAGAUAGAACAACAACACCAUCUACAUCAAGGAAGAGGAAGAAGUUGAAGAGAGCUGAUAACUCUGAUAUUGAUGGUUUUAGCAUUGAUUUGAAAUAAAUAUACCCAAAUUAAAUGUCAUCUGCAGAUGCAGUGAAACUUUUUUCAACGGAAUGAACCAUGGUUGAUACAGUAAAAUAAAUUUAUCU